AUGUCCCUCAGAUGUCGUCUGAUUUUAAUUUUCUCCGACACUCAUGACACAUUGUCGUCUUCUAUUGGUUGUAGAACAGAGAGAAGAGAGAGGAAAGAAUGGAAGGUGAAGACACAUGAUCUCUCCAGCUCAGCUGUUGCAGCAGCCUUCAUAACGAUCCCAUUAGUGGCGUCAACAGGUUGUGACUGGGUUGCCAGGUCCAACCCAGGAGCUUGGUUGAUUGUUCGUCAUGAUGCUUGCAGGACUGAGAGUUGGCAGCCAUGGGGAAAGCUUGAGGCAUGGCGUGAGCGUGAUGGUAAAGACUCUGUUUGCUGCCGCUUUAACCUUCUGUCUGAAGAACAGGAGGGAGGAGAGCUUCUCAUGUCCGAAAUAUUUACUAAUGCGGAGAAGGGUGGGGAGUUUUUCAUGGACACUGAAAGACAAUUUCGAGCAGCAGUCACUCCUAUACCGAGCCCUCAAAGCAGUGGAGACUUCUCAGCAUUAAGCCCAGUUGGGGUGGGGUGUGUUAUGAGCAUGGAGAGGAUUUUGUAG